AUGGCCUCAUUGGCUAUUUUGGUUACGCAUUCUGGAAAAUGGGACGAUACAAAUAGGUACAUUGAUUAUACUAUAGAGGGAAUAGUUUUUAAGGAACAAUCAAUGUUUCUUGAGUUUUAUACUACUAUUGCCACACAGAUUUGUGUUGAUAUGAAUAAUAAGAUUUUGAAGAUUGAGUACAAGGUUGAAGAAAGCAAUAAACGAAUGGUUAUACACAAUGACAUGGGUGUCAGGGUGUACGUAAUGCUUAAAAAGGUCAACAUUGAUUUUAACAAGUUUUCGAUUUGUAUAACUAUUUUGGAUUCAUGUGAUAGACAGAUUUGUCAGUGUCAAGGUCUAUCAUAUGGAGAGAUGGGGGUGUUGGCAACUGUUGCAGAAAAUAAUUCUCAUGGUAUGAUUGUUGCUGAAUCGGAGGAAACAAAUGUUGCAUUUGUAUCGCUUGAUGUAACUGGGGUGAUUUCAGAUGAAUCUAACAAGCAUGUUGAGGUUGAUCAAGUAUACAGGGACAGAUCAAUUUUGAAAGCAGUCAUGGAAAGAUAUGCGAUUGAAGAGAGGUUUCAGUAUAGAACUGCUAGGUCAAAUUCAAUCAGGAAGAAAGCGUUGAAAUCUUUGAGGGGUACACCAGCUGGAUCAUAUGCAAAGUUACCUGCGUAUUUGUCUAUGAUGGAUAUCACUUACCCGGGGUCUCGUAUACGUAUGAAAAAGAGUAUAAAUAAUGAGUUCUUGUAUCUAUUUGUUCAAUUGAAUACAUUUAUACAAGGAUUCAUGCAUUGUAGAGCACUAGUAGUGGGAGAUGGUAGUCAUCUGAGAGGUCCAUAUAAUAGGACAUUUGUCGCAGCAAGCACGACAUAUGGCGCAAGACAUAUAUUUCCACUUGCGUAUGGUAUUGUUGAUUCAAAGAACGAUGCUGCCUGGACUUGGUUUUUUGAGCAACUUAAAGAAGCAUACGGUGAGAGGAGUAACAUGUGUAUUGUAUCUGAUAUAAAUGAGAGCAUUAUAAAGGCUGUUACAAAUGUAUAA